CGGCUCUUCCUGUCCCCCCAGUGCCUGGCGCCCUGCAGGGAGACCCGGGACCUGAGGGAGGAGGGGUGUGCGAGCUUCUGCGAGCACCUGUUCCCCCGGCGGAGCCACGAGUGCCGGACGAGCUGCGCGUUCCUGCAGCAGGUGCUGGCGGCCAAGCAGGGCGCCUGCCCCGCGCCCGCGAGGGCCCGCGGCUUCGCGGCCGCCUGCGUGCAGGGCUGCGGGCGGGACGGCGAGUGCGCGGGCGCCCGGAAGUGCUGCCCCAACGGCUGCGGGCACACCUGCCAGGCGCCCCGGAUGCCGUACAGAGGGGUCCCCCUGAAGCCGCGGAAGGAGCUGCGGUUCGCGGAGCCGGCCCCGGGGCGCCUGGAGCUCCGCUGGUCCUCGCGGUUCAACGUGUCCAUCGAGCCGGCGGCCUACGUGGUGCAGGGGCGCUGGAACGCCGGCCCGCUGCCCAGCGAGGACGGCGCCACGCCCUGGCGGACCGUGGCCCAGACCACGGAGGAGCGGGCGCAGCUGGCGGACAUCCGGCCGGGGCGCUGGUACCAGUUCCGCGUGGCGGCCGUCAACGUGCACGGGACCCGCGGCUUCACCGCCCCCAGCAAGCACUUCCGGUCCUCCCGGGAUCCUGAGGCCCCCGAAGCCCCCUCGGGCCUCCGGCUGGCCAACGCCACCCGCGGGGAGGACGGCCGGGUGACGGUCACCCUGGCCUGGGACGGGCCCCGGCAGCUGGACCUGCCCGUGCACCACUACAGGGUCUCCUGGGGCUGGGCCGCCCGGGGGUCCCCCGAGCCCGCCAGGAAGAGGCGCAGGAAGACGGCAGACGGGGCCCAGACCGCGGUGCUGCUGGAGGGCCUGCCGCCGCUUGCCGUGGGCCGAGUGGAGCUGCAGGCCGUGGCCUUCUGGGGCCAGCGGAUCCUCAAGAGCCCCCGGGUCCCCCUGCGUUUCAGCCUCGGCCCCACCGCCAGCCACAAAGAGCCGCCAGGGAGGAGCGGAGACGAAGGCGAGACUCGGCCGCAGCCCCCCGCCUCCCAGCGCUGCGGGCCGGCCCCCGGGGCGGAGAUCGGCGCCCCCUUCCUGCAGGACGGCCGGCUGCAGGCCACGCUGUCCUGGAAGAGGACGGCAGGCCCCGGCCCCAGCGGCUACCACGUGCGGUGGGUCCCGGAAGCCUGUGCCCACAAUGACGCCGGCCGGCCGGCAGCGGCCACCACCGCACAGGGCCCCCCCUGAAGUACCGCCGCCCCCAGCACCGCGGCUCGGCUCCCCGGAGGCCCUGAGCCGCGCUGGGCCUGCGGGCAGGAACCCUCUCCACACGCCUCCUCCGUCCGGACUGUCCCCCUCGGGCGUCUGCCGCGGCCCAGCCCACACCACUGCCCCGUCCAGGCCCGGCCGGCCGGCCGACGAGGGAGGCGCCGUCGGCACAGAUCCGCAGCCGAGCCUUCGGACGAGACCUCGCGGCCAGCACCCAGCCCACCCUCACUCCGGGCAGCGUUUCAAUUGGCCUCUGACACAGGCCUUCACUUCAGAGAGGAAGGGAGGGAGGCAGGGAGGGAGGGACGCCCACGAGGAGAGAGGAUCCUGGAC